CACAGGAGAACGGCGCGCAAAUCCAAGCUCCAGCCACUUCUUGACCAUCUCUCUCUCUCUUUCUCCGUCUGUCUCUCUCUCUUUUUUUUUUUUUUUACUUUUUCAUUUCUUUCUGACUGACUGGACACGACAGGAGGUAACUUCUUCCCGCCAGUAUGCAAAGAUUCAUCGGAAUCUCACAUCUUCUAUUGGUUCUUCUGGUUCAGCUGGUACCUGCGCAGAUUUCACCGCCUCCAGAAGAGGGUUCCACCAAAGGCAUGACAUUCCAGGAGGUGUGGGCAAAGAGCAUAUGUCACCCCAUGGAGCAGUUGGUGGAUGUGGAGCAGGAGUUCCCCGAAGAAGUGGGGUACAUCUACAUGCCUGCUUGUGUCCCACUAAAGAGAUGUGCUGGUUGCUGCGGAGAUGAGAAUCUGGAGUGUCAUCCUACCCUUGAACGCAACAUCACUGUGCAGAUGAUGAAGAUUGCUCCUGUGAUAUCAAGCCAUGUGGAGCUCACAUUUGUGGAGCAUCAGAAAUGUGAUUGCAGACUCCGGCAGACACUUCUAAAACAUAAAAGCAGCAGUGAGUCCAUCAAGAAUAAACCUCGGAGGAGGAAACACAAGAAGACAGCAAACGGCUGUGGCAAGCCUAUAAUCCACCAACCACUUAUGAUGAGCUUGCGCUACUGUGUAAGGCCACAGAGCAUUUGUUGCACAAUAAUCCAAGGCUGCUGAUAGUUCAAACCAAGGACUGCCAGUGUAAAGGUUUAGUCUGAGAAUAACCACAUUCACACAAACAGAAAAAAGAAUAACAGGAAGAAGAACGUAUUGUCUAAGGGACUCAAUAUGUGAGCUACAGCAUUAAAUCUCAUCAUCACCUUGAUUUGUGUUCGUCACGUUUUUGUUAGAGGCAGGAGGCCAAGUUAUGUACAGUCCCACAGGCACAGCACACAUAAUUUUAUUCACAUUUUAACCAUUCAGUAUGACUCUAAUUCAGAGUGCACAACAGAGUUAAACAUAUAAGGCGCAACUGUGCUGAACUUAAAAUUGAAACUCACUAACUGCAGCCAAAUGUACUUUGUGCACAAGUGAAAAUACAUUUUUUGAACAAGAACCGUGUGUACUUUCAAGCUCAAACAAUUCAGUUCCAGGACAAUAUCAGACCCCUUCAUUUUGCAGACAGAACCAAGAGUUAUAUGUACGGUAAGUUUGGCAUUUUUUUUGUCUGUGGUCUCUUUUCACAUAAAGGUCAAAAGUAAUCUCUCUGUGCCCCCUCCCCUCUCAGAAAUUGUUGCGUAACCAAUUGUGAAUAAUUGUACAAUGAAGACAUUAUCAAAAAGAAUGGCAUGCCCAAAAUGAAAACUGAAAAUCCCACAUAUGAAAACCAGUACAACUUAACCUGUGUAAGCAUUUGUAAAAUAUCGUCUUUGGCUUUAAAAGAAGCUUUGUAAAGUCAAUGAAAAUGACCCCUAUGAUGUCAUCAUGGUCAUCACCAAGCUUGGGCUUGAGACUGCAAAAUUUUUUACCAGAAAGAGUUAUAAGCUAGAGGUGUGGGAUUUGAAAAAAGUAGGUCAUGCACAAUUUUAUCCAGUUGCAUUAUGGGAAUGGUAGGAUCCGGGACAUUUAGAGCUUGAUCCAUAUAGGGAGUGGAUAUCAGAAUAUCUCAUCCUCUGUGGUUUACUACAUCAGUUUUUAGCAUUCUUUCAACAUGUAAUAAUGCAUCCAGAAACUCAGGGGAAAGGACCCGAAUACAGACACACAGACGCAGGCAUAUUUAGUGGAGCGGUCUUUAAUAAUUGAAGAUAAUCUUACAGGCAGAGAGGUGAACAAAAGUGAGUAGCUGAGCUGGCAGGAAAACCAGUAACCAGAGCAGACAGACUGACAAAGAGUGAGGGGAACACAGUCUAAAUACACAAGGGUAAUUUGGAAUAGGUGAAACCGACAGAUGUGGGGCAGGCACAAGGGCAGGAAGUAAAUGAACCUACAGACACACAAGGUAAGUAAUUUCAAAAUAAAACAGGAAAUAAUAACAGUCUGGGCAGGUUAUAACAUAAUCCAUCUCUUCUCAAGUCCUCCAACUUUAUGAAAGUGCUAUGCUAAAUCACUGGAUAUGAUCAUCUUUCCAAUCUAUCUAAAACAAUACUCACAUUCCCAUAUGACUGUUGAAACUGUUUUUGGUCUAUAUAAUUAUUCCUCCUGUCUAUAAUGACUGCUAAGAGAUCCCUUUCUUUAUUUCUCAGUACAAACCGAAACACCAAGCUGACAUUUUAAGAUUUAUACACUUGGGGGGGACUGUUUGGAAUAGGAUGAAAAAAACCAAUGCAUUUUUAAUCUGGGGUGAAACCAAGAUAAAGAUGUGUUUACAAAUGUAAUCAGCUUAGUGUGGACGUACAUUGAAGCAAUUCCAGUCUAGGUGUUGAAGGACAAACUUUACAGUUCUGUGCGACAAUGCAUUUCAAAGUUAAGCAAAAGCCAACAUGAGGCUCCAGCAGAUUCAGUUUGACAAAUCAGUUUGGGAUCUUCCAAAGUCUUUACGUAAUCUCCCUUUUGUGGUUCUUCACCACAACUCAACAUGGAAACACUGUCUUUAGAUACACAAUGCAUUUUUGCACAGGCUGUGAAUUUUGUUGCCCAUCACUUUGGAACCACAUUAUGAAGAGACCUCUUCACUGCCACUGUAUAAUUAAGUUGUCUUGUAAGUAUUGCUUUAAAACAGAUUUGAAAGAAUGUGAACCCAGAGAUCUGUAUCAUCACUAUUGAAAAUGUCACUUCUUGCUCAAUCAUUGAAGCACAUAAACUUUUCCUUCUUUGGGGAAAAAGGAACAAUGGGUGACUUUGAGUAGGUGGGAUCUGUAGUCUAUCUGGUGAAAACUAGGUUAACUGGUUGAGGUGGUGACAAUAGAGUUUCACCAUGUCCUCUUUUAAGAAGGAGAGUGAGGAUAUAACUUAUCCAGCAGCCUUAACAGAGUUGGAAAGAAUCCAUCCUCCAAAUCAGCCCUGCUAAAAGCCAGAUGAUGGACUUGAAGUCAUUCUGGGAGAAGGUUGUUUUUGGUAGUGGUCUGUAGGAUUUUCCCCCACAAGUGUGUUAUCAAUGGUGUAGCAACCUGUGUGGCAAUGCAGCUCUGGCUGUGGUUAAGUCAAACAAUACUAAUGAUUCACCAUGACUCGUAUUCCUUUGUAAACCAUAUAGUUUAGAGCCACAUGUCCAUUAUCUCAAGACCCCUCCACCCUAUGUUUAGUGGUCAAAGGGCCACACAGUCGCAGAGAUUUUAAUUUCUUCCAGCUGAUUCAGAGGGCCCAAAUUGUAUGAUGCAAGCACUGAACAUAAACUAAACUGGAGUUUAACUCCCUACAUCAAAUCUGAAGGAUAAACACUCUAUUUGAUGUUGUUAUGAUCACUUCAUUCUUGUAACUACCUUAUUUGACUGUUGAAAGUGAAAUGGCAGACAGAAAUCAUAGACUUGUGGAGGUUGCAUGGACUGUUUGGCUACUGGGGCGCUGCUCUUAUGACAUCCUUAAAGUAAAUGUUUAGGCCUCUACUUUGGUUUUACAGAAGGACAAUUUGCCUUCUCAAUCUACAAUGAGAAAUGCCACUUCACACAGAUGCUCCGGGACCCCUGACCCCAUGGGCCCCUGGACCUGAGCCCUAUUGACCUGUUUUGUGAUCCAUCCAUAAAUGUUAAAAUUAUCACUUGGUAGUCUUGAGAAUGCAUUUUAGCACAUUAGUGGGACUCAUGAUUUUCAGAGUCCUCAUGGAACUAGUUGUACUAUUGCCUGUAGAGCACUACUAAAUCCAGGCUAGGGAGAAAAGACUGGCAUGUAUUUAAUCUUCAAGCUGUGUAUAGAUGUUAUUAAGUGCUAUAAGCCAUGAAACUGCUAUUUCUCAAUUGUUCACUAAUCUUUGAACAAGCCAUUCAGAUUCCCUCAUGGUGUGAUUCCACGCUGAGAACAAAUAAUGAUAUUCAGUUACUAGUUAUUCCAGUUCGGGGGCUGAAUCAGGUUUGUAUACUGUAUCUGGUCUUGUGUGUGGUUAAAUGGCCACAUCCGAAUUGGUGAAGGGGGAAUAGGCAGCAAUGAACAAGCUACAUUGAACUAUGGCUCAUGAAAAAUUUUGUUAAUUAAUGAAUUAAUCAAAUGCUCUGCUGCUGAGUUGGUUUAGAAGAUUUGAUUUACCAAUUUGGAUCUCUGUGACUGUUUGUUUUUG